GAGUCAAUUACAUAAUGCUUCUCCUUCACAGGAUAAAUAAAUAGGGGUGACUCCAGGAAAAGAAAACAAUCACAGAGGAAGUAAGGACAGCACAGGUUUAUGUUGGACUGAGUUGAGCCCUUUCUUGGAUGAUGGAUUCUAUCUUUUCUGUAAUUGGAUGCUUUGUCGACUGGGAUGUGAAAAGCUUUUUGCUCUUCACAGUAGUUUUCAUUCUCACUGCUGACUAUAUUAAGAACCGUCGGCCAGCCAGCUAUCCUCCAGGACCUCAAGCAUUUCCUAUAGUGGGCAACAUGUUCUCUGUCGACCACAACAGGGGUCAUGAGAGUAUGACACAGCUAGCAGGGAAAUAUGGAGAUGUGUACAGCCUGCGGAUGGGCCAGGAGUGGGUUGUGGUCUUAAAUGGGUAUGAGGUUUUGAAAGAAGCUCUUGUAAAUCAGGGAGACAGUGUGGCUGACCGCCCACCCCUCCCUAUGUUACAGGACAUAAGUGAAGAACUUGGUAUAGUGUUCAAUAGCGGGCACAUGUGGAAGCAGCAGAGGCGCUUUGCCCUUUCAACUCUCAGAUAUUUUGGAAUUGGAAAGAAGUCACUUGAACCUGUCAUCUUAGAUGAAUUCACUCAUUGUUCAACAGAAGUCCAAAGCUUUAAAGGUAAGCCCUUCGAUCCAAAACUCAUCAUUGGCAACGCUGUCUCCAACAUCAUCUGCUCCCUGGUUUUUGGGCAUCGAUUUGAGUACACUGAUGAGAAGUUCAGGAAACUGAUCAGCUGGUUUGAGAUAGCACUCCAGUUUCAAGCCUCAAUUUGGACACAGUUUUACAACUCGUUCCCUAAGCUGAUGAGAUGUUUGCCGGGGCCACAUCAGACAGUCCUGCGGGUGUGGAAAGAUGUGAAGGACUUCAUUAGAGGAGAGCUUAAGGAGCACAAAAACAAUUGGGACCCCUCGGACCCAAGAGACUUCAUUGAUUGCUACCUGAAGGAGAUCCAGGAGAGUAAAGGGCAAGCUGACAACACUUUUGAUGAGGAAAACCUGGUCAUUUCUGUGUUUGAUCUGUUUGUGGCCGGCUCUGAGACCACAUCCACCACCCUGCGCUGGGCUUUCCUUUACAUGGCCAAGUACCCAGAGAUCCAGGCAAAGGUCCAGGCUGACAUAAACAGAGUGAUUGGACAGUCCAGACAGCCGUCAAUGGAAGAUCGUGUAAACAUGCCCUAUACUGACGCUGUCCUCCACGAGGUCAUGAGAAUGAGCAACAUAGUACCUCUAAGCCUGCCUCAUAUGACCAACAAGAAUAUCCAGCUGGGAGGCUACACAAUCCCAAAGGGAACUACAAUAAUCCCAAAUUUGACCUCGGUGCUGUACGACAAGAAUGAGUGGGAGACCCCCUUCACCUUCAACCCAGGACACUUCCUGACUGAGGAGGGGAAGUUUGUGAAGCAAGCUGCCUUCAUGCCUUUCUCUGCAGGUAAGCGUGUAUGUCUUGGUGAGAACUUGGCAAGGAUGGAGCUUUUCCUCUUCUUCACCUCCUUCAUGCAGCGCUUCACCGUCUCCAUGCCUGCUGGGGUCAAGGCGAAGUUGGACUACCAAUUUGGUGUUACUAUGGCACCAUGUCCUUAUGAAAUCUGUGCAACAUUACGUUAAGAAAAGCUCAUCAACAUGAGUUCUGAUUAUGAAACUCUUCUUUCAGAUACUUUGAUUUCAUUAGUUACAACAGCCCAUGUUGUUUAGUGUUGCUAUCUCUUUUAUUUUGUAAAAUGAAUGUCUUAAGCACUCAGCAAUUAAGCCUGUCUUCAAGUUCAGAAUUCAGAUAACAAGCAACUACAUUAUACAAGUAUUUCUCAUUUUAUUUCAUUUCAUUUUAUUCUUUGAAAUUGAAGAUGUGUGAUACAUUUCAAACUUAGAGCUAUGUGAAAUUUUGUAUUUCAGUAUUUAAUAUUUUAUUUUUUUAAUUGUACAUGAUCUAUCUACGAGACACAUCACAUUAUAUGGUAAGUAAGUUCAUUAUCCCUUUAGCCCUACCCAGAUAUGCUCAAUGAUAUUGUAGGAUACAGUACGGUUAUAUUAGCAUCAUUUUUGUAAAGCUCAAUCUGCAUUGCAUAAACUGUAUGCUGUUAGAUUAAUUUUAAUUUACAAUUUUUGGGAUUCUUAACAGUUAAAUCUUCUCCUUAAAAAUGUGGUUCUGCUUCAGGUAACAGCGGGCCUUGUAAGACACUUGUUGAUAUGCUUACUAAUCUGUAAGAUGAAAUAUGCUUAUUGACCUAUUUUAUACCAGAACCCGAAGAUUUAACUUACACAAGAUCUUAACCCUAACUGUUCAACAAAGAUAAAAUCUGAUCUUUUGGAUAAUACUUUUUGGAUUAGAGCCGACAACACAAAAUCCACCCUGCGAUAUUGAUGACCUUGCUUUAGGCUUUUACUGUAGAUAUUAUAAUUUCUGCCAUUGCACUGAUGGUCACAUCCCUUGCCAAAUGAUUGGAUUUAAAUCUUAUUUAAUCCAAUAAGUGAAAGUUUUCACAUAACUUUAAAAAAAAUGGAAUUCACAACAUGGAAAUAUCUUGUUAUUGUGAGAAAAGGGUAUUUAGAUAACUAAUCUGUUAUUUUUAUUUUUCUGUCACAACUGCUACAUGUUGCCAUAACUUUCAAAUAUGAAGCAAGGCUUGAACUCAUCAGGUGAACUUAACAUAUGUUUUACAUAUACAGUAUUUUGGCACACGGUUAUUGUUGCAGACUUAAAGAAUAACAAAUACUGCAGGGUCUGUCUUUUUAAUGGUUCUUUUACUCGACUUAAUUUUAUCAAAUAAAUGUUUUGAACACAA